AUGAUGUUCCGUGUCCACAAAUCCGACGUCCGCGGCAUCGAGGGUGUGACCCUGCGGGAAACCGACCAGCGAACGCGGCUCUGGUGGCACUACCCCGGCUUGCGUUCCCUGAAUCUCCUGUUGCUGGGUUGUAUCGUUUGCGACAUGACCAACGGCUACGAUGGCUCCAUGCUUGGUGGCCUCCAAAUUAUCGACCGGUGGCAGGAGGCGCUGGGCCACCCGAAAGGCACGCGACUGGGCACCAUUAGUAACGGUACUCGCUAUGGACAGCUCGGAGCGCUCCUCGUCGCGGCGCCCAUGAUCCAGCGGUUAGGCCGACGAAUGCCCAUUAUUAUCGGGUCGUGCAUCCUGCUGGUCGGGGUGGCACUGCAGGCCGCAUCGAUCAACUAUGACAUGUUCGUCGUGGCUCGAGUACUGAUCGGCUUCGGAAACACCAUACAGAAUAUGGCCUGUCCCAUUCUGGCCUCUGAGCUUGCCCACCCCUUCCAGCGCACCCAAAUUAUCGGUAUCCAGAACUCGACAGGAUCGCUCGGCCAGAUCAUGGCCGCUUGGAUCACCUAUGGCACCUCCUUUAUUGCUUCCUCGUGGUCCUGGCGUCUGCCCUCGCUGCUGCAAGCCGUAUCCUCUGUCUUCCAGCUGGUCAUGAUGUUCUUCACGCCAGAGAGUCCGCGCUGGCUGGUGCAUCGUGGCCGGCGUGAGGACGCAUACCGGAUCCUCGCUAAGUACCACGCGGAGGGGGAUGAGACGUCCCGGCUGCUACAGUUUGAGAUGGCCGAGAUCGAAGCAGCCAUCGAGGCCGAGCGGGUGCAGGCAUUGACCUCGUGGAUGGAGUGGUUCCGCACGUCGGCCAACCGAUACCGGCUAUUCAUCAUUAUGACGUCCGGAUUCAUUAUCCAGUGGUGUGGCAAUGCGCUCAUCACGUACUACAUCCACCUCGUCCUGCAAUCGAUCGGCAUCACCAGCUCCAAAGAGCAGCUCCUUAUCAACGGCGGCAUCACCAUCAGUGGCUGGGUAUGGGGUAACACGUGGUCGCUUCUGGUCGACAAGAUGGGACGGCGGCCGUUAUGGCUGAUCGGCAUGGCGGGCAUGUUCGUCUCCUUUUUGAUGAUCACCGUCUUCACGGGGGUCAACACGGGCAUUGACUACACCAACACGGGUCUGGGCAAAGCCACCAUCUUCGCCAUCUUCCUCUUCGGAUUUUUCUACAAGAUGCCUGGUUGCAUGGUGCCCUCGUACGUCGCCGAAAUCGCGCCCUUCGACCUCCGUGCCAAGGCGUUCGUUCUCAAUGGCUUCGGCGAUGCGGCGGCUAAUAUCUUCAGCGGGUAUACGAAUCCUGUCGGCCUUGCGGCCAUUGGGUGGAAGUACUACAUUGUUUGGUGCUGCGUGUUGAUCAGCAACUUUACCAUUAUCUACUUUUUCUACCCGGAGACCAAGAAUCUCAGUCUCGAGGAGGUCGGCCAGCUUUUCGAUGGGCCGUCAGAGGGCCCCGGGGCAACUAAGCUGGCGGCUCAGGAGGAUGACGAGAAAGAGACCCGUGUGACAAUGAUCGAGUGA